AUGGUACAGUGUUCUGUUCCCAACUGCAAUCAUAAGUCUGAGAGUCACAACUACAGCUUUUAUCAAUUCCCAAAAGAAGAGCGAAGCGGCUUGCGAUGUGGCGAGCCCUGGCAUCUCUACACCUCAAGCCUAACACCAUGCCAUCCCCAAGCGGAGUCAGUCGUCAGGAAAGCUUGGCGACGAAAACAUUGGCUGUCUCCCAUCAGGCGCCAGGGAGUGCGUGCCGAUCAGAUUCGUAUUGUAAAUCGCGCGAAAGAAGAGAGGAAGAUUCGUCUGUUAGACAUUUCCUUAGGGAUACCUGGGUCUCUAAAGACAAUGGAUAAGAUGGGUGACUUCAUACCAAUGGACGAUGUGAUAGCAGGGAUGGCAAGUGAUUUUGGCGGAGACAUAUUCUUGGAUCAGAAUAUGAUGUCACAUAGUUUUGACGACAUCAACUCCUUCCGCCUGGCCCAAGAGGUGAGUAGGAUAGGCAGCACUCAGUACAACAUGGGCCAACGUAAUCGGUUGUUCCAGUCCACGGGCAACAACAACGCCAUGUUCCCGUCACAGAACCGCCAGACUGCAAUGGAUUACGCAGGCAACAGCCAACCACCAUGGAACGUCCAGUUCCAAACGCGCCCGUUGGGGAACAGUCGGCGCCCACCCGACCAGGCAGGGAGCCACCCUCACGCUGCUGCCCCGUCGCUCGUGGGGUUUGACUUUGAUGGAGGAAACAGCCGUCGUAUGCACGCAAUGCCUCCGUUACACCCCGAAUUCAUGCCCGAGCAAAGGGAACAGGCGGCGGACAGGGCACCGCGGCCAAAGAGUGGGAGGAAGAAGAGACAACAGCACGCAAGCAAGUAGGAUUCCUGAGGUUGGGGGAUUCCUGUGGAUGGGGGAUUCCUGUGGAUGGGGGAUUCCUGUGGAUGGGGGAUUCCUAUGGAUGGGGGAUUCCUGUGGAUGGGGGAUUCCUGUGGAUGGGGGAUUCCUGUGGAUGGGGGAUUCCUGUGGAUGGGGGAUUCCUGUGGAUGGGGGAUUCCUGUUGCUCGUCGUGUAAAACGUCUGUGGGUUAAAAUCCUCGACGUUUUCAUCCAUAGAUAGAAGACACGUUUGUACUUUAUUUAGCAUUUCAUUUAUUUUUGUUAUUAUCAUUAUUAUUAUUAUUUUUUUAUUAUUACUAUUAUUAUUAUUAUUACUAACUGAUUAAUUGAUCAACUGUUUGAUCAAUUGUUAUUAAUAUAAUAAUAAAACUACCACUGCUACUAAUGAUAAUGAUAAUGAUGAUACAAAUAAUAAUGACAAUGAUGAUAAUGAUUAUCGUUAUUUUAUUAUUUCAUUAUAUCUGUUUUAUUAUUAUUAUGAUGGUGUUGAUGAUUACUGUCAUUAUUAUAAUAAUUAUUAUUACUACUACUGUUAUUAUUAUGAUAAUUGUUGUUAUUUUUGAAAAGGGAGUGGGAAAGAGAGAGUGAGAGGAAGAAGGAGAAGGAGAAGGAGGAGUAGGAGGAGUUAUUUAAAUUUAUUAUAUCCUUUUAUUUUGUACGUAAUAAUAUAUAAAUAUACAUCUUUAAAUAUACUCUCUCAGUGGUUCCAAAACAUAUGUGAUAUCAGUGCCUAAAAAUCUACAGUAUUCAAUAGAACUUACGGCAAAUAUUAAGAAGUUAAUAUAUUUUAAGAAGUUUUAUCUUUUAUACCUUUAAGAAAUGUGUGAAUACUGAAAAAAAAUAUACUUUGUAUUCUCCCAUGUCUUAUUGCAAGAUGUUAUAUUUAUAUGCACAAUGAUUAUCUGUUCAUUUCAGUAACUGCUUGAUCUAAAUGCGAAAUUUUAAACGCUUUAUAACAUGUAUUCCAUGUUAGAUAUCAAUCGCAAUGCCACUGUGGAUUUUGAUUGUGGUGCAAUUAUUGUUUGUUCAUUGCAAAUUCUUAAUUAAAAACAAUGAAUGGUGUGCAUUUAAUCUCUCAUUUGUUAACCACCA